AAACCACACUUACUGGAGAGAGUUAGACCUUCGGCUUGUGAGCAGGCACCUUCGCUUUGCGCACAAAGAGCAGUGAGCGCAAAGCCGGGAAGGGAGGCUGAAGCAGUGGCAGGGGAACCUCAGCCAUAGGGGCACACAAUUGCCUUGGUGGGUAUAUGGGUGGGGCCGAGGUUAGUGCCCAGGUGCUGCAAGUGGGGCCCACGCGGGUACAGCAGGCCUGGAAGUGAAGACCCCGGACUUCGGCCAGCCAGAACCCGAUUUAAAAAUGGGUGAUGUUGAGAAAGGCAAGAAGAUUUUUGUUCAGAAGUGUGCCCAGUGCCAAACUGUGGAAACGGGAGUGAAGCACAACACUGGGCCAAAUCUCCAUGGUUUAUUUGGGCGAAAGACAGGUCAAGCCCCUGGAUUUUCUUACAUGGAUGCCAACAAGAACAAAGGCAUCACCUGGGGAGAGGAGACACUGAUGGAGUAUUUGGAAAAUCCCAAGAAGUACAUCCCUGGAACAAAAAUGAUCUUAACUGGCAUUAAGAAGGCAGGGGAAAGAGCAGACUUGAUAGCUUAUCUCAAAAAAGCUACUAAGGAGUAAUAGUUGUCCACUGCCUUAUUUAUUACAAAA